AGAGGAUGCAUCUUCAAUUGCAAAAGCUCGAGCGGAACUCGAAACAGGUGAUGCAAACUAUACCGGUACCAGAAGUAUCCAGAGAACAAUGAGCGACGACACCCCAGGAUACUCUGAAAUGGAGUGCCACGAUGACGUUCCAGAUUCUUCGUUGCCCGAUGUCGAGGAUGCCCUGAGAUUCGCUGCUGGUCAAAACUCCCAAGCAAAUGAGCGAAAGAGGAAUGGACGGGCCGGUAGUUUCGUGUCCAUUGCAAUUGCCGUGUCCCUGGUGUUUGCUUGUGUUAUUCUACUUGUUGCUGGCAACCGUCCCGCAAGUUCUUCAAGAGAAAACGAAGACAGUGCGAUUUCCGGCAGAAACCUGCAGAAUAUCCAUGGUAUUUGUUCCGGAGAAGCAACUCCCUGCGAUAAUGUGUAUAGCCCCACUAUGUGCACCAAUGUAGGCUCUACCACUGCCGUCUGCGAUGCUGUUUCCACGAGUUGUCAGGCUACAUGUGCAAGAGCAAGCUUGUCAGGAUUUGAAUCGCCUUGUCAAUGCCGACAGGAAAGCUGCGUUGGUUUCAAUUGUGACUAUCAAUUCAGUUGUGUUGGUGGCACUCCUUCCUGUCAAGAAUUUGCCGAUCCUGUUGUGUGUGCUCUGACGCAUGGCUGCCGGUGGGUGACAGGUUCAGGGGCUUCCCUCCCGGAAGAACCAGAAAAUGCACCGCUUUCUGAGACCCAUUUCCGCGGAAGAGCUGAGCAUGUCAAGUCGUAUCUCAUUGAACAAGGAAUCUCAAGCGAAGAAGAUCUCUCCAACACGGGGACUCCACAGCAAAUGGCAAUGAACUACAUAAUCACGGGCACGUCAGGUCCAGGUUUGGGCAGACCAUACAUUAUAGAAGUUCCAGACGGCGACUUGACGACCCAAUCGGGGUACGACUUUGUGACCCGCUAUGUGUUGAGUGUUCUCUUCUAUGCCUUGAAUGGACAACGCUGGGUCUUCUUCUUGAAUUUCUUAACGCCGACUCCUGUCUGCGAGUGGUUUUCACAACUGCAGUAUGCCGACCUAAAGACCGAGCAUAGAGGGGUGGUUUGUGACUUCAAUACAAGCGAGGUGACUCAACUUCUCCUGAAUCAGAACAAUUUGCAGGGAAACUUGCCGACCGAGUUGGCUCUCAUUACCUCGUUGGCCACGAUUGACUUGGAUACAAACUUGGUGAACGGACCUAUUCCCGAUUCUUUCCAGGAUCUUACCAACUUGGAGAGUUUCUUUUCGAGCAAAAACAGGAUGAAUGGGACCCUGCCAAGCUGGAUCAAUGUUUGGAAAAAACUUCGAAACAUCAACUGGUCAAGCAACCUGUUCAGUGGAACAAUUCCUGCUAACAUGGGCAACUUGGAAGAAUUGACUGGGAUUGCUUUGGACAACAACCUUUUGACAGGGAGCUUUGACGGGCUCUUUGACACAUCCAAUGCUACAGGGCUCAAAAAGCUUGAACAGUUCUAUGCGGAAAACAACCGGUUCACCGGAACCCUUGGGGAAAACUUUCUGAAAGAUCUGGCAAACCUCACCUACUUGGACAUUUCGGACAAUCGAUUUUCAGGACAAGUGCCUGUCCACCUGUUUGAGUUGCCGUCACUUCUAGUGAUGGACCUACACGACAAUGAGUUUGAUUUGCUGCCAUCAGAGUUCCCAAGCAAUGAUCAUCUCGAGUUUCUAGCCCUGCACAAAAGCUCCUACAACAGUCAAUCGAUUCCGUCUUCCAUCUCCAACUUGGAAGCUCUCCGACACUUGGACUUGUCGCAAAAUGGCUUUACGGGAAUGAUGCCUGAAUCACUUGGCACUCUGACCGACUUGAGGUACCUGUUCCUGGCGCAAAAUGAUUUCACCCCAGGGGAUAUUCCGCAAUGGGUCCUUGGAUUGAGUACUCUGGCGGAACUCUCACUCAAGUCAACCAACAGGACGGGCACAAUCCCUGAUAACCUUGGCAACGAGCUUCAAGGCUUGGUUUUGCUGGACCUCGACGACAACAACCUGGGAGGGGAGAUUCCCUUAUCUCUUGGUCUCCUCAGGAACCUCAAUGUUUUGCUUUUGAAUCGCAACAACUUCACGGGAGAGCUUCCUGAUACAUUUUCGAACCUUGUGGAUUUGAGAUUGCUGUACAUUGAGGCCAACGCGGAACUUGAAGGGGACCUUGGAGCUCUCUUUUGUGAAAAUCCACGCUUUGCAAUCAAUCCUGUGAUUAUUGCAGAUUGCAACCUUUGCUACUCAUCAGACUGCUGUACACAAUGCUGCGAGAAUGGGGAAGCGUGCAAUACAGGAUAUCAUGUGCCUGAUUUGGAUCCCAUGUGGCAACUGGGCUAUAACCGAGUCUUUUUCACAUUCCAAAGGGAGGAUUACUUUAUCAAACAAAACUAUGAGGAUGGAGAGGAAGCGUCUACAGCACGACUACCUCCUGGUUAGAGCGUCGAACAUUCAUUGAGAAGAUAAGGAAGGGAUACCGGCACUGACGGCAGCAAUGUCUCAUGUACAGCAUGCAGACUUGUCUUGUACACUUUAGAACGCGCCUUUUAAUUUAAAAUAGUUUGCCAGCAAAUACC